ACUUUAAUAUUUCGAUCGUACUAGUAGAGAUACAAUAUUAUAAGGACACCAACUGGAAAAUGGGUUACAUAGAUGAAGGCGAUUUUUGGGCCCAGGACAAAGAUUCGAAUCCAUUUGUUAUGGUACUGAAGAACCGGUACGAACUCUGCGAAGAUCUCAAAUACGUCAUUUCCGUUCCAGAUCUCUGUGAUGUUACGUUUCUGGUUGGACCGGAAAAGAUCCCCGUGUAUGGCAUUCGAGCUAUUUUGGCUACCCGCAGCAGACUGAUGUACCAGAUGAUUUUGAGAAGUCGAAACCAAACAAAUACUGUGGUAAAGGAAAGGUCCACACUUAAAAAGGGGAUCCAGUCAGUAAAGAAGGUGCUGGUCAGAAAAAAAUCUAUCCCUCAAAAGGAGAAACCCCACACACAAAGCGUCACAAUUGAGAUAAAGGACUUCGACGUCAGCGUUUUUGAGCGUCUUAUGCGUUACAUCCACUGCGGAGUUGUUUCUGUGGACGCUAGAACUGUCAUUGGAAUGAUCAAUGCUGCAAGAAUGUUUGAGUUUCCGGACCUCCACACGGCCUGUUGGGAAUUUGCAAUGGAAUGUUUGCGUUCCGAUACCUUACCACUGCUAAUAGAAGGAGCGACUCAAUAUAGCCAAUUCAAGGAAACACGAAAACUAAUGCAAAGGGUGCUAUCCUACCUCGGGGAAUCCCCUGACGUCAUCCAGUGCUGCCUGGAAAUACAAAAUUUGAUUCCCCUGCGUUCGGAUGAGUAUAUGUGUUAGUUUACAGAGGUCCAAG